CGUCCGAAAGCGGUUUUGGCGGUGUUCUACAGGUGCGCUCUAAGAGGGACUCGCGUAUUUCACGAAACUACGAGAAAAAAUUGUGCGGUUGACGCGUGUUAGGGUGGUGUGAGUGUGUGGAUAGCCGUAGUGAGCGUUUUUACUUACCGAUUUGAGGUCGUACCGACGAUCAGUGUAGCCAACAAUGAAACAUUCACCAACUAACCUGUGUUUGACUAUCAUAAUAUUCCAUAUAACAGGUGUCCUAUCAACGAUCGACAGAUUGGAGCUGAUAAUGCCAAGAUACGCCAUCAGAGGAAGAGAUGUCAUCCUCAAGUGCGACCACAGCGUUCCUCCAGAACAACUGAACAAAGUGGAGUGGCAGAAAAGGGGUGAAAAGAUAUUCGAAUACGUAAGGGGUCGUGAUCCACCCUUCAGGUAUUUCGAGACCCCAGGUGCCGUAAUCAAUAAAGGCAACAGCAGUGCGGAACAGCUGCAGCUGUCAAAAUUAGAUUUUUCAGCGUCCGGGUCCUAUUCCUGCAUGGUGUCCAUUAAUGCUCCGAUUUUCAGCAAGGAUUCAGACAGUAAAGAUCUCACCAUCAUAGAGCCACAGCAGCGUGAUCCCAAGAUAACCUUCAACAAGGAAACUUAUGAGAUAGGGGAAGUUCUGGAAGCGAACUGCUCAACCGCCCCAGCAAGACCGCCUCCGCGUAUCACGUGGUUAAUUAAUGGGAAGAAGGUUGUCGACACUCUGACCAAGUCCUUCACGAACGGUUUUGUCCACGGCAAAGGCUACUUCGAGCAGAGAGCGUCGUCCAUCAAGCAGCUGUCGAUUGAGGUUGCCGAGCUGCAUGUCGGCGAUGACAAUCAGCUGAUUCUGACAUGCAUGUCGACGAUUCCAGGAUACAUAACGGGCAACAAUAAUUAUGCGGACAUGCGGAAUAAGUCGAUCAACAUUUCCAUAGUUGUGAUAGAACCGGAAGUCGAAGCGAUUUCUAACGACAAUUCAUCAGGAGGUAACCUCUAUUCGAACUACAUUUUGAUGACCACAAUGUCCGCAGUUCUGCUCAAUUUCAAAUUGAAUUGAGUUGUGAAUGUUCUAUGUUCGAAGGGGUAAGAAGGAAAUGCAACCUGUUGAGAGGCCGUUGAACUGUUUUCCGUUGUAAAUUGAUUUUUUAAAACCCAUCGAGGGACUUUGGUGCUGCCAGAUAAAAUGUUUCGUUUGUCGCAAGUGAGUUUCGAGCCUUUCGAAAUACCCAAACCAUUUGAAAUGGAAAUAUUUAUGCAAACGCUUCGAUCAUCGAUACCUCUGUUUCAAGUCUGUGGUUUAUUCGAAUACUCGAUGAAACAAAUUGAAUGAAUAACGGAAAAUUGUAUGCUCGAAACUUGCUUACGAAAAAAAUCACAUAAAAUGAAAAAUAUAUAUGUAUAUUUUGCUAUACUUAACUGAAACUGUGUUGAUAAUCUACUGAUGUUAUUAAGUCAAAAAUUUAUCUUAGAUUAAUUGAUAGACCUCUUGAGAUGGCCUGAACCAGGAGACUACCUGGAAGCUCAUUAUUUUCUCCUUUUCGGAGAAAAAAUCAUAUUCAGUUAGUACCAAGUAUCUUACCCAUUCAAAACCUCAAUUUCACUAUUCUAUCUUCAUCAUUUUAUGGAUUGAAAUAAACAUUUCUAGGGAAAGUGAAUUAGAAGAGCGGCUUUGAAAAGUUCUGUCAAUAAGAGAAGAAAUCAGUCAGAAUUCAGAUCAAAGAUAAGUAUAAAUAAAUAAUGGUUCAACGUCUUUAUAUUAAUAAGAUAUUUAAUUAAUUUCACGGCAUUCAGGCAUUUUUUCAAAUCUGGAAAAAAU